UUUCCUGGCUCAAUACAACAAUCUCUGUAAUGCUAUACACAAACAAUAGAACACUACCGGGUCAGUAUGGGGAUCCAUACAUAGAUGCCGAAUUUCAACCAAAACAGCUCGGAAUUUUGAAGACCACAUUUAUUCUUUUAGACAAACUUACAUCUUAGACUCUAUAAAACAAGGUAAAAACACCAGAUGCAGGUCAGUUUCGCCGGACAGGUGUCGAAGUGAACCCUUACCCGGCCCGGCCCACAAACUGGGACGUCAACAUGAUGAUAAUGUUAAUGAACAUCAUCUUCGGACCACAUGAUGUCUGUCUACUAUGUGCACAUUAUCAUGAAAACGCACCAAGACACACUGUCGCAAACAAAACAUACAAACACACACUUUCAAGGAGGUGAUUUAUCAAUGUUUUCCGAGCUGUUGGGGACCUGUCUGUAUAGGAACGAUGUUCCAGAACAAGAUAAACGUACCGUUGUAGUUCUUUCUUGCCACGUGACUAGUAACCUGGUAACCAGGAACAUAAGUGCAGAAACAAUCUACCAUAUCGCUUUUUGUUAACUAUAUGCUUAAAACUUUGCUUUAUCUCACCUAAAAUGUGGAAUAGCAAUCGUGGAGACAUAUAAUCUUAUAUAGUCGACACCUGAUAACAAACGGAAAAUAUGGCGGCUGAACCGAGCCAUUUCGCUUUUGAGUUAGAGGAUGAGGAAGAAGAGACAAAAAGGUGUGACCAUCGCUUCCAGCAAAUCAUAAAGAAAAUCACAGAGUCGGGCUGGUUCAACGGUUUCAUCAUGUUCGUGAUCUUCCUGAACGCGGUCUUCAUGGCACUGGAGACCAGUGAGAUGAAGGUGACCCACCGCACAAUGCUGGAGACUAUGGAUAAUAUAUUCCUCAGCAUCUACAGUGUUGAGAUGGUGCUCAAGAUCUACGCCGAGCCGAAGAACUACUGGUUCAGUGGCUACAAUCUGUUCGACUUUGCGAUCGUGAUGAUCUCGUACGUGCAGAACAUCGUGACCGCCGUGCAGGACGACCCAGAGGGCGGCAACUAUUUCGCCAUCCUGCGGGUUCUCCGCGCCAUGAGAUCUCUGCGGACACUCCGCACCAUUUCCUUUGUGCGAGGAUUACAAGUGCUGGUGACCGCCUUGGUGGAGACCAUACGGUCAACCGUGGUGAACAUCGUGCUCUUGCUCCUCCUGCUAAUGUUUCUCUUCGGGAUCAUGGGGUACUACUUCUUUGGGUACCCUACCCACGGAGACAAGAAGUACUGGGGAAACUUGGGGAGAGCCAUGCUGACUUUGUUCACCUAUGUUACUGUUGACGGUUGGACAGACUUACAGGAAAGUCUCCCAGCGUCCAGCGCCAUCUACUCCAUUAUAUUCAUCUUCCUGGGACACUUUAUCUUCACAAACGUCUUCAUCGCCGUCAUCAUCAUGAAUAUUCAUGAGGCAACGGAGGCCUAUCAGCAGGAGAAAAUGGAUGAGAAAGAAGCAGUCGUCGCACAGAAGAAGGAGUACAUGCUGCAGCGUCACCACGAGGAGAUCCAAAAACUCAUGGAAAAACAGAAAGGGAGCCGUUAUGCAAAUUUCACCGAGAUGGCGGCUCAGUUUGAGAGGACCCUCCGUCACGAGGAUUACAUCAUCAUGGAGGAGAUGUGUGCCGACCUGAUGUGGAUAGAGACAUAUCUGACGUCACUAGAUCACCAGGAGAACACCUUGUACAGGUUGCAGCAACUGUACUAUGAGAUGGCCCACGUGCUGGUGCAGUACGCAGACGACAGGCUGGCUGAAGAUCCCGAGAAUAUGUCUUAGGCUAACAUUGAACGUAUUAUAUUUCAAAAUAAAGCAUUCAUUUCUUGCA